UUCAUAAUAGUGUUCAACGGCAGAGAGAUCGAAGUGUCCUAAGUAAGGAAUUUCAAUGGAAAACAAUUAGUAUGUAAAUGAAUGUUUUAUGAAAUAUACGUAAGGAAGCAAGAAGUAUUAGAAUAAGUGAAUGUGGCCGGUUUAGACAAAAGAAAACUUCAACAAUGUAAAUCAUUAGUGACCGAAAAUAGGGACUUUUUUGUGCAGUUUCGGCUUUUUCUGGAUUUCUCGGACCGUACGAGGAUCUGAAAAGGACAAGUGCGGACAUUAUUUGGAGCAACACCAAUUUUUGGCCAUUGAAUAUGUUUCCACGAUGGCAGAAUAAACAGUACAAGAAUGAAAGUAAAACAUUUUUAUAUCAACCGAAUUGCUAAAAAGAACUUUGAAAGUAUUUCUUGUGAAAUCAUAGGCAGAUCGAGUUAUUUGCAUGUGAUUUUUGAGUCGAAAUUUAGAAGACGGAGACAAUUUACAAAAAAAAAAUAAGGUCGACAAUAUGACUACUUAGUGGUCAGACAUUCGUGUCAGGUUGGAUAACUUUAUGUUUAUCUGCUUUGAAGUACUCCGGGCAUUAUACCUCGGGCGUCUUCAUGAACCUGACCCUCUUCAACCAUAAAACUUGCCACCCACCCCUGGAAAUGUUCAAAGGAUGGCCUUUGAAAUUGGUGACAUUCGCAGUAUGUUUUAACUAUAUAUUUUGUAUAAGACUUCCUUGUGAUCAAACCUAUGAAGCCAAAAAUGGUCAUCAGUGUUACCCGUGCAGUCCGGGAUAUUUUAAAGUUUCAGACUGCGUUGUGAACGGUGAACAAGCAAGGUGUAGACGUUGUGGACAUGAAGAAUAUCAACCUUAUUGUGAUACCUCUAUAAAGUGUGCUAGGUGUAGACUGUUCUGUCCGAAUGGACAAGUCCCAGUUAAACACUGUAAUGCAACUAGUAAUAAAGAAUGCAAGUGUAAAGCUGGUUCCUUCUGGAAACCUGAUGCAGCGAAGCCUGAUGAAGGACAUUGCAAGCCACACAGCAAGUGUGGACCAGGAGAGGGAAGGGCUGAAACAGGAACACCAUAUGAAGAUACCAGAUGUGAACCAUGUAGGGAAGGGGUUUCCUUUUCGGACAAUUCUUCCUUCGACAUCUGUAAACCAUGUUCUGUAUGCAACGCAACAGUAAGCGCCAAGUGUACAGUUACGCAUGAUACAGUUUGCGGCCAUCAGCUUCAACGGCUGCCAUCACAUACCAAGAACUCGUCUAAGCAUCUAGGUGACAGUGUUAUUGCAGCGAUAGCUUGUCCUGUAAUUCUUAUACCAGUAGCGGCGUUGGUGGUAGCAUUUAUCAUAUACAGGUACAGAAAAAAUAAAGCAACUAACGAAAGUUGUGAAUCCGACAAAGUCGAUUUAUCAAAAAUAGAUUCGAACGGAGAAAAUGAUCUUGAAAAUGGUAACAUUGUAACACAAACAAGCGUCAUUGUGAGCGAAACUGAGACCUCAGAGUACAAAAGUGUGUCAAGUCAAGUUAUAUCGGCAGAUGAAAAUGACAGUUCUGAUGAUAGUGAAGAAGACUUGGUCAAGAGUUGCUCUAAUUCUCAACAAAGCCAAGAACAUGAAUAUGAAAAUAAUGCCUUUGAUUCACAGUCAUGUACCGAAUUUACGACACAGAAUGAGCCUGAAAACGACAAAAACUGCAACGCCAUUCAAAAUGCGCAAGAAACGAAAUCUCAUCAAUCACAACUAUCAACAGGUUAUUGCUACGAGAUAAAUGACAAUGACCUUAACCCGGACCGUAUGGUUAGCGAUGUGCAAACAGAUACUACUAAAAGUGGCGAUGAAAACCUACAGGAAGAAGACCUAAAUGAACAAAUGCAAUUCCAGGGCAAACACGAACACACUGAAUUUGAGUCAAAUAACACAGACAGCAACAGCUCACGAUCAAGCAAUGAAAACACUUUGCCAACUUUCCCUGUUAGAAAUAUCGACACAUUGUUAGAUGGGAAAAUCACUUCUGGCAAUGAAACGGUCAAAUACGACGAAGUGAAUAUUAACAACCGUUACGAUGAAAAUACUGAUGUUAGUACAGACGCUGCUGCAGUGUCACCGCGAAGUUCUCUUCAGUGUGGAAUGUCACACAGGGAAGUUACAACUGAAGAAAAAACAGCAGAAGAAACUGAAUCAGAGGUAGGUGGACAGUUUGGCUGCAACUUUGAAGACGAUUUAUCAGAGGAAACCAUUCGGUCGGAUGACUGCAGUCGGAAAAACAGAAUUUGGUUUGAAAUAAUAGCCUUCAUUGCCCAAAACUUGAAAUGGAGUGAUUUUCAUAUAUUUAUCAUGCAGCUUGUAGCAAUCACGAAUGUUGAUCUUCUGAAUAAUAUAGACGUCGUAUUAGAGCAUGCGAAAGAAGAAAACAAUGCCUGCAAAAAUAUGAUCCACAGUGUAAUGAACACCUGGAGACAGGCGACACCAAAAGCAACAGUACAAGCCGUAUUUGACGCUCUGGAUGAAUGUUCACUGAAGCUUAAAUGUGAACAGCUCGGUGAUGCGUUGAUACAAAAAGGGCUGUUAGAUAGAAGGAAUUCUCCUUUGAGUAAUGCUGUUGUACAAAAUGAAGAAACAGCUGAAAAGCAUAUCUCGCCUCCUGGCGGUAGUUCACUCCAUAUUCAUACUGAGAUCAGUCAUGAGAUGAAUGAGUUGAAAGUUCCGGAAAGAGAGAUCUUUUGCUGAUAAUCAAAUGUCAUUUGCAUAAGGAUAAGUCACUUGUUGAAAAGAUAUUGUGACUAUAAGGAGAGAUCGUGUUUGUACACAGAUCCGUUGUAUAUUCUAUUUUUAGAACUGAUAAGACCAAGAUCGGGUGGGCAGACGCCGAGCGACCAUGUUAUUGUUAACAGUGAUGUUUUUCUAACUGCUUAAAUUUUCUUAAAACAUCAAUUAUAUCAAUUUUUUUUUUUUUGAUUAAUGGAAAGGAUAUAAAACAAGCAAUUUAUUGAUAACUUUUAAUUAUUAUUUCGAAAUAAAAUGGAUUAAUUAUGAACGCUUAACUUACAGUGUUUUUUCUAAAAGUUUUUAGAAUUGCUACGCCGCUAUUAAAAUCAUAUGUCAUUUAAAACGGUAAUUCAUUUUCAAAAGAUGUUUGAAUAAGAAAAUAUGAAAGUUGUAAGCAUUUCAAAACUUUUUGAAUUUUUAAAAUCCAUAAAUGAACGAAAAAGUUAUUAAAAAUUCCGAUCUCAUACACAAACGAUGUAAAAAUAUUUUGUUUUGCCCACCACCAGAUAUACAGGUGUUGAUGCGUGACGUCAGGGCGAUCUCUCCUGUAUGUUUGUACUUUUGUGUUGUGUCUGUCACUUUUCGUAACUUGUCUAGCAGCCAACUUUUUUUCUUGCCUGUCCUGUCUAUAAUUACUGUUUCCCUAGAGCUAUUUCAUAAUCAUUUUCUACCAAAAAAGUAAGGCUGCAAAAUCAGUUUUUUGGUCUUUUUGUGCAAAGCCACAAAAGUAAGGUGUAUUGAAAAUUUCUACAGGCCUGACCUUGCCAAUGCCACAGUUGCCCGGACGCAAUAUGAAACUAGGUGUGCCAUUAUGACUAGAAGGUAACUCCAGCCAUUUAUUGGCUAUUCUGUUGUGUACCAUCUCUAUUGUUCUCUUUGUAAUUUCAUUUUCCAUAUUUUCCUUAAAUUCAUAAGUAUCAAUUGUAUUGCUGUUUUCAUCCACAAAUGCCAUUUAUAUUAGCGAAUCAAUCUGCACCCUUUCACUCGACGUAAUGACGUUGCUUUAUGACGUCGAUGUCAGAACCCGCAGACGUUCUUGUUAUCCGGGCCAUGAUGAAAAUGGCGCGUGAGGCACGGUAGUGCGUUAUGGAUCCGUCAACGGCGACCGAAAUGGUCAUUUUUGACGUUUUGUUUUUUGUUUUUAACUUAUUAUUAACAAAAAGUAUAUUAUUGUGUUAUAUAGAUGUUUUUUACUUAGUAGACGUGAUGUACUUGUACAGGCUUAUUGAUGUAAUAUAACCUAAUUAUAAUGGUUUGUUAUUAUAUAAAUAUAAAUGAUAUAAGAAUUACGGUUUCUGAUUUCUUUAAGAUGCAGAUUUGUAUUUCUAUGUGUAUCAAUUGAUUACGUGUUAAUAUGUAUUAGCCAGAUACCAUACUUAGUCAAUUUCAAAGUUUUCAAAUUUCCAUGAGUUUUUCGGCUGCAUAUUGACUAAAUUUUCAAACUUGUUUGCAUAUAAAAGGAUUGGUGUUAAGUUUCAAAAUCAUUGAUUUGUCUUUGUGCGCAAGGUCAAAUUUAGAGGUAAUGUGCUCUUACUGGUUAGGUUACACACGUCACCUAGAGACGAGUAUUGCUCCAUAAUGAACCCAUUACUUAUCUUUUUAAUGUAAUUAGUUUGGAUCCAAAGGUCAUUUUAUCUGAUUUAUAAAAUAAUUUAUAUGAUUUAUAAAACGGCUGUGUUGUGCCGUCUUGCCAUUAUGACAUACGUAGUGCCAUAAUUUCCCUAUGGCCAUUAUGAAACUAGAUGUUUUAUUAUGACUAAAAGCCAGACAAUAGCCCUUUAUUGAACUUUCUAUUAAGUGCCUACUCUUUGUUUUCAUGUUAUUUCCAUUUUUUCAUAUUUCUAUAUACUUACGAGUUUUAAUUUGUUUCUCUGUUUUCAUCCACAAUGCCAUUAAUUGUGGAAAAUUGAUCUGCACCCUUUCACCCGCCAUAAUAAUGUUGCCACAUGACGUAGACGUCAGCAUCAUUUUGAUUAUGGCGCGUGAGGCACGGUUGUGCAUUAUGGAUCAGUCGAACGUAAUUUUCGACGUUUUCUUUUUGUGGUUACUUUUUACCGCAAAAUAUAUAAUAAUGUCAAUGUCAUAUAUUGUUUACAUGUUGUUUGACUUCAUAAUUCGGAUGUACAGGCUAAUUGAUGCAAUGUUAUCUAAUUUCAAUGAUUUGUUAUCAGAUUAUAAGAAACAAUAAAUGAAAUAAGCCUGA